UUGAGAAUAUUAGGCACCAUGUUGGUCACAAGGAAGUUUUCCAAUAUUUUAACACGAAGUAGGACUAUUAAAUCGAGUGUUAGAUUGUUCCAAGUUUGUGUGAUGGGAGGCGCGAGCGAGAUCGGGCAAGCCGUCAGUUUGUUGUUGCGCACCGAGCCGGCGGUCAGCAAGCUGGUGAUCCACGACACGUGGGAGGCGGCGCCGGGUGUCGUCAUAGAGCUCUCGCACAUUCCCGCCAACUCCACACUAAAGGGCUACUUAGGAGAAGUGACAAUGAAGCAAGCGCUAGGCAGCAGCGACUUGGUACUUUUAGUCGGAGGACUACUCAAGACUCCCGGCGUAUCCGACAAAGCAUGUUUGGACGCCAACAUGGAAUUUGUAAAAACCGUAUCCUCACAAAUCGGCAGACUGUCUAAAAUGCCAUUCGUGGGAGUCGUCGCCGAGCCGCUCAACUCUCUGGUGCCGAUGGCCGCGGAAUUAAUGAGAAAUACAGGUACGUUCGAUGGUAGGAAACUGUUCGGCGUCACCACAAUAGAUUGGAUCAGAGCCCAGACACUCUUCGGGACGCUUCACGGCAUGGCACCCGAGGAAUGCUUCGUGCCAGUCAUCUGCGGGCAUUCCAAUAAAACCACCGUACCUCUCAUUUCGCAGUCCAGACCCGGAGCGAAUAUGACGGGUACGGAAAUACGAAAGUUUGUAAGUGAAUUACAAAGGUACGACGAGAUUGUGACGCAAGCCAAGCACGGCAAGUCGCCGACGGUGUCGGUGGCGUACAGCGUGCUGGUGUUCGUGCAGGGGAUCCUGGCGGCGCUGAGCGGCCAACACGCCCACGUGCACGCCUACAUCGAGAACAAUGAUUUCGGAACAUCAUACUUUUCCGGUUUAGUGCAAGUCGAUUCGAACGGUGUGAAAGAGAUGACGAGAUAUACCAACCAUAUCUCCGAAUACGAGUGUCAGAUACUAGAAGAAGCUCUGGAUCAAUUGAGGAAAGAUGUCGCUACGGGGAAGAAAAUAUUAGAAGUGGAGUAAAAAAUUUAAAU